GAGCAAUUCAAAGCAGCGCGGGAAGACGCGCGCAGGCGCGCUCGGGGACCGGCUCGGGGCGCGCUCCUGGCGGCCGCGACCGUGGGAGUCCCAGCUUCCGUAAACCCGGCUGCACCCCCCGGUGGACAUGCCUGUGCCGUAGCUGACAUUCUGCACCCCGGUUGCGUGUGGUGGGAGCCGCCUAGGGUGCUCAGAUGGAGGAGCCCAUGGCGUGUUCUUCCCUGCCUGGCUGUGACAGGAGCCCCGCCGAUGACUCGUUAAAAAGAUAUGAGCAGAAUGUGAAACUUUCAGGCAUUAAAAAAGAUAUUGAGAAGCUUUGUGAAGCUGUACCACAGCUUGUCAGUGUGUUCAAAAUUAAGGACAAAAUCGGAGAAGGCACCUUCAGCUCUGUCUACUUGGCCACGGCGCAGCUGCAGGUCGGACAUGAAGAGAAGAUUGCGCUGAAGCACUUGAUCCCAACAAGUCACCCCGUGAGAGUCGCCGCGGAGCUCCAGUGUCUGACACUUGCGGGGGGGCAGGACAACGUCAUGGGAAUCAAGUACUGCUUCAGGAAAAACGAUCAUGUGGUUAUUGCCAUGCCGUAUCUGGAACAUGAGUCGUUUUUGGACAUUUUGAAUUCUCUUUCCUUUCAAGAAGUACGAGAGUAUAUGUUUAAUCUCUUCAUAGCUUUGAAACGGAUUCAUCAGUUUGGUAUUGUUCAUCGAGAUGUGAAGCCCAGCAAUUUUUUAUACAAUAGACGCCUGAAAAAGUAUGCCUUGGUGGACUUUGGUUUGGCCCAAGGAACCCAUGACACGAAAAUAGAGCUGCUCAAGUUUGUCCAGUCUGAGGCUCAGCAGGAAGGCUGUCCACGAAACAAGUACCACGGAGUCACUGGACACAAGGGCUCCCUGAGCCGCCCAGCACCUAAAAAUCUGGAUCAGCAGUGUGCCGCAAAAACUUCCGUCAAGAGACCCUACGCAAACUCACAGAACGCACAGACUCACGUUAAGCAAGGGAAAGACGGAAAGGAGGGAUCUGUAGGCCUUUCUGUCCAGCGCUCUGUUUUUGGAGAAAGAAAUUUCAAUAUACACAGCUCCAUUUCCCAUGAGAGCCCUGCAGAGAAACUCAUAAAGCAAUCAAAGACUGUGGAUAUAAUCUCAAGAAAGCUAGCAACAAAAAAGGCGGCCAUUUCUACAAAAGCUGUGACUGGUGUGAUGAGGAAAACUGCCAGUUCUUGCCCGGCUGUCCUGACCUGUGACUGUUAUGGGACGGACAAAGUCUGCAGCAUCUGCCUGUCGAGGCGGCAGCAGGUUGCCCCUCGGGCAGGCACACCAGGAUUCAGAGCACCGGAGGUCCUGACAAAGUGUCCUAACCAGACCACAGCAAUUGACAUGUGGUCUGCGGGCAUCAUCCUCCUCUCCCUGCUCAGUGGGCGGUACCCAUUUUACAAGGCCAGCGAUGACUUAACUGCUUUGGCUCAAAUCAUGACAAUUCGGGGAUCCAGGGAAACCAUCCAGGCUGCUAAAGCUUUUGGCAAAUCAAUUUUGUGUAGCAAAGAAGUCCCAGCACAAGACUUGAGGAAACUCUGUGAGAGACUAAGGGGUCUAGACCCUGACACUCCCAAGUUAUCGGUCAGUCCACCAGGCUGUACUUCUCCAGAGAACACUGACCAUAAAGCUUCUUACCACGUACAGACAUCUCCAGCACAGCACGCAGAGGAGUCCUUGAAUAAAAGGGACAGUGAUGGCUGUGGGAGUCAUCCCAGGCAGUGUACUACCAACUCGGAAGGCUGGGACACAGUACCUGAUGAAGCCUACGACCUGCUUGAUAAACUUCUGGAUCUAAACCCAGCUUCUAGAAUAACAGCACAAGCGGCCUUACUGCAUCCGUUCUUUAAGGAUAUGCACUCCUGAUGCGGGUCUCCAUUCACGUCUGCUGUGUGUUGUCAGGUGGGGUAGCUGAGCACAGGUUCCAGGGAAGGAUGAAUAACUUAUUUUCAAAUUACGAUGUUUGCUCUGGUGUCAAAUUGUAAACAGAUUAAGAAUUAUUAAAUGUUCAGGGGAGUCCUUAACAUGAUCUUUAGUUAAACCACCAAGUAGAGGCAGAGCUUUAGUCCCUGUUUUCUCUGCUUCUGGAGCCGCCUUAGCCUGACGCACAGGUUCAAGGAACAAGUCCUAUGAUUCACAGAUAUGACAGGGAGUAAAAGUGAAAAAGACUGUUUCCAGAUCUGUGUGGUCUGUGCUGUGCGUGCAUGGGGAACUGUUCUUGGUGGUGUGUAGGAGACAUGAUCUUUGCUACAGGCGUGCAUAUUUAUAAACGCAAAUAAUGACUGCAGAGAUGUGGGCAAAUGACCCUGCUUCAGACAGUCAGUCUUGGACGUUGUUAGACGGUGCUUACUGCAGAGUUCUGGUGCUUUCCUAAGUGUUACAUGUAUUUAUAUUGGGAGCCUAAUAAUGUGCAUAUUGUGGAUAAGGCAGAAAUGCUCCUUUCUCUUGUGUGACCAUUUUUUUCUCACCAUCUUAGUUUAUUUAAUUAGGUAGCUGCCACAAGGAAAGGUGAGCAUACACCUGGGAACCUGAGGGUGUUGUCUGCCAGGAGCAUCCAGAUUUCUGCAUUUCUGUUCAGAGUUGACCUUGCUCAGAGAGAAAUGGUUCCUGGAGUCUCGGGAGGACUGGGAAGAAAGAUGAUGAAGUAGACAGAGUAACGAAGGACUUGCACAGCAUUUGUGCAUUUUUACACUCACCUGCUCUGUGUCUGUGGUAGCGCACCAGGCUUCCCAGGGGUCGGGAGGGUAGACUUGCUGAGGGGUCCCCUUGGUUUAACCACAGGUUCUAGGGAACUGUUCCUCAUUCAGAAAAUUCACUUUCCUGUUUUGAACACUGAUAGAUCAAUGGUGUAUACACAUAUUGUCUUAUGCUGUAUUUUUUUUAAACUUGAAUGUCUUGGGGAUAUGUAUUUAAUAAUAAACGUUUCUUUUUAGAUUCU